CACAAUGUAUAAUCAAAAUCUCGAUGCUUUUAAAUUUAAACUUUCGAGCUAUUAGCUAGUUGGCUUUUUUACAAACUUCUAUUUUUUUCAAUGUACAUAUUCUACUGCAAUUGAUUGUGCCAAAUAUUCUACAAAUUUAUAAAUAAUGUCUGAUCCUACAAUCCAAACGUUUUGCUGUCACCAUUCCGGUAAUAAAGAAGAUUUAGCAGUAAAAAUUAUGAGUGAAUUCAACACUGAAUCCUACAACACUGUGUGCUUGGUAUCAUCUUCAAUAGGAAUAUUGGGAUCGCUUUAUCAGAUUUUACCAAGACGUGAUUAUACCUCACUAAGGUUGCAAAAUUUUUCAAGUUCUCGAGGAAGACAUAUAAUAAUCUGGUUAGCAGUUGCAGAUUUAUUAGCUUCUCUAGGUGUUUUAAUACGAUCAUCACUAUGGUUACAAUUCAAAAAUAUUAUGCCGAUGCCUGAUGAUGAUGUCAGUGUUUUAUUUUGCACUUUAAUAUCAGCAUGGACGCAAUAUUUCUACACGGCAACCUGGUUUUGGACGCUAUUUUACGCAAUAGACACGUGGAACGCUAUAAGGAACUAUGAGUUUAACGCAUUCAAAUAUCACACAUUCGCGUGGGGUAUACCCGCGAUUACCACAGGUGUUGGAUUGUCAAUACUGUACAUUCCGGAUGCUACUUGCCAUAAUCUUACUUCUAUAACGAGUGCUGUGUACAGAAUUCUUCCUAACUAUUGUGCUACAUACCUACCUAUCGCUAUGGUUAUGAUAGUGAACCCUAUUAUUUAUAUGUUACUUAGCAAACAUGUUGAGUUGGCUGUGUCUAUUCCGAUGGCUCAGUUUACGAGCAAAGAGCGCAGGUUGGUGGAUGCGUUGAAGCUAAAGUUCUUUCUUAUCAAUGGUGCAUUUUACCUGUGCUGGCUCCCAAACCUUAUUAACGGACUGCUGUUGUGGACGAUGUGGUUCAAUAUGCCUGUGAAUGUUAUCAUCACCAUAUGGUAUAUAAUGGCUUUCUUAAAUCCAAUGCAGGCCUUAUUAAAUGCGAUUGUUUAUAGAAGAUGGACGUUGAGUCAGCAGAAACCAAAGUCGGUGAUGUCGAGUCCGGAAAACGAGUUGAACUUCCCCGACGAACAGUCUCCGUUGCUCGGCUCAGAGCCACCCCGACUACCGAUGACGCAUAUAGCGCCAACCAUUAACAUUUAUUCAACAAUGUGAAAAAAAAAACUUGUUUUUAAUAUUAAGUUUCAACGGCGCUCGAACAAUUAUGCUUUGAAUGGUUUUUCCUGCUUAACUCAGAUGAGCAGAUUUAUAAAAUUUAACCUAAAAUAUACAACAAAUACCAAAAUGUUGAGUACGAUCAAAUAGUA